CCUUCACAUUCUUCUUUCAAAUAUUGCUGCGGUACACUUACCUAAUGGUGACCUGACCUCUUUCCCCAAAUCCAACCCCUUUCGUCACACCAGUAUUCUCGUUCCCUUCCAUUACCCUUUUUUGUUUUUCUCGAUCGGCAGCGGCAAGAAUUAAGAUCGAGGAUUUCUAGGGUUUGCUGUUCGAUGAAAAUUUGAGACUUUUCUGCGGUUUUACGUUUCCGGUCCGUAUGGAUUCUGAGACUAAAGCCGGAGAUGGCGUUCUCGACCUCAACUUCGUUGCUGGCGAACAGCCGGAAACCCUAACCGGCGGCCCCGCGGAUUUGGGUUCGGGCGUGCCGGAAAUCGGAGUGAAGGAAGAUGAGGAAGUUGAGGAGGUGAUUGGGGAUCAUGACACAGAAAUUAGCACUUUAGCUGAAGUGGGAAAGGUUGCUGCGGAAGUCGACGAUACGGAAGCAGACCGUGAUGUGGUUGAUGAGAAAUCGAAGGAGACAGUUAUUGACGAAGACGAAAGUGCGAGGGCAAGCGGAUCCAGUGCUAAGCGAAAGAAGGGUAGGCGUCGGAAAUCUGCCGUGGUUCGUGAUGAGUAUGAUUCUCGUUCCCUUGCCUUUCAAGAUGAGAACAAGACUGUGUUUGCAGUUUCUGAUAUAGUAUGGGGUAAGGUGAGGAGCCAUCCCUGGUGGCCGGCCCAAAUAUUCGAUCCUUCUGAUGCGUCCAAGAUGGCAUCGAACAAUCGGAAAAAGGAUCACUAUCUGGUUGCUUACUUCGGAGACAAAACCUUUGCUUGGUGUGAUGAUUCACAAUUGAAGCCUUUUCAGAAACACUUUUUGCAGUUAGAAAACCAAAACAGCAUGGAGGCAUUUGUGACUGCUAAGGAUGAUGCACUCCAGGAGGUGUCGCGGCGUGUUGAUUUGGGAAUGGCAUGCCACUGUUUUAUGGAUAGAAGUUAUGCUAGGCUUAUGAAUUCGAAGUUUGAGAAUGCUGGUGUACGGGAACGAACUCCUAGCUAUCCUGUUAACAAGUCUUGGAUUGCAAACUCCUUUGAUCCUCUUAGGUUAAUUAAUUCUAUCCAAGCAUUCGCACAGUCACCAAAUGAAAGGAUAGACAAAUUGGAACUUGUAAUAUUGAAGUCUCAGUUGAAAGCCUUCUAUCGUUUGAAGGGAUAUUCAGAACUUCCAACAUUCGUUAUUGGUGCAGGACUAGAGGAUAACAUUGAAGUUUCAGUAUCUGUGGAAAAUAAAUCAGGUCAAAAAACUGCUGUUGACCCCUCGAAACCAAUUUUUGCAGAUAAUGCUUCUAGGAAGACCAAGUCAAGAGACAAAGGGAGCUCAGUUGGCAAAGAGAAGCAUGAUUCGACUUCUAAGAGAAAAAUAUCAGGUAAAGUAGUUGGUGGCUCUUCAAGUCCAACUUCUUCAGAUGAUGCUUUUAGGAAGACAAAGUCAAGAGACAAAGGGGGCUCGGUUGGUAAAGAGAAACAGGAUUCGCAAUCCAAGAAGAAAAGAUCAGACAGCAACAUUGCUGAUCGCUCAAAUCUGACUUCUAAAACAAAGUCAAAAGAGAGAGGGAGCUCAGUUGGCAAAGAGAAACAGAUUCCACCAUCGAAGGGGAAAAGAUCAGACAAAGAAUUCCCCCAUCCCUCUUCAGAUGAUGAUUUGAGAAAGACAAAGUCAGUAAGUAGUAGGAGCUCAGUUGGCACAGAGAAACAUGUAGUUGAGCGUGGUAGGAAAAGGAAGAGCGUAUCUAAACUAAUUGAAGAGAGUGAUCAUCAGAGUUCGGAUGACGGUAAAGAUGCAUGUGAGAUGAAUGCUUCACAUUCAUCUCACAGAAAUCAGGAACUUGAAGAUUUUGAUGUUGAUGAUAUAGGGAAGGGAAAGGAGAAAAAACUUGAUGCCUUGGGAGAUUUCGUGACCAAAUCACAGACUUCAAGUUCUAAGCAACAGUCCAAGUUUGGAGAACUCAUGCGCAGAGUGGCAGGGCAGAUGACAGGGUCACCUCCUAUGCUGAAACCUAAUGGUGAAACAAUCCGUAAGAGCUCAUCCAAAGUGACCCGCAGAAAACGCGGUCGCAGUGCUAUCCUUAAACAAAAGAAGACUGUAAUAGAAAUUGAGAGUGACUCAAAUGGCCAUUCCUCAGAUGAGAUGCAUCCUGAGGACACUGCUAUUAGUGAGGAUGAGAAGUUUGCAUCGAGUGGGCAGGACACAGAAGGAGAACCACCACAAAUUAAGAAACAAAAUAAGAAGCAAUCAGCAGGUGAUCCAACAGUUUCACUUCCAUUGGGAAGAAUGCCAGAUACAUAUUCUGAGGGUAAUUCCUUAGAUCCGAGUAACAGGUCUUCAGAGUUUUCACCAAAAAGUUCAUUGCCUGUUGAAGCUGAACCUAACACAAUUGUUUUAGUCCACGAGGAUAACGGAGCUACUUCAGACGAGAUGCAUGUUGAUGCCCAUGGAUGAGGUGAUGGUUAUGCUAUUCUGGGUGACCAUACUUAGCUUUUCUAGAAUUACCUUUUUUCUUGUCGGUCAAUUUUAGUUCUUCGAGCGAGCUGGUACAUCGUUCUUGUCGUGCGAUAUUUAAUUGCUUUCACGUACAAAUACCGUGAUAAUAUAGGCUACUCGAAUCAUUUAAAGUCUGUUGUAGCUGGUAUUAUUAGUAGACUCAGCUCUUGCUGUAGAGAUGGGCACAUUCCGAGCACCCAUGCUGAGAGUAACCAUAUGUUGGUUAACUAUUUGUGAUUCCCAGUCAUUUGUACGAUUUGCACAUGAAGUCGCGACAUUUUAUUUCGUCGGGUAGUCUGUAUCUGUAACCUAUAAUCAGUAAACCAGAUCUAGUCUAGUUAUUCAUCAGUCUAAAAUGGUAAUGACUGCUUAAUCUCA